UUCAAGUUGGUCUGCACGGCGUGCUAGCCGUACAAGUGGAUUAUAUAUAUCGUUAGUGAAGGGAAAUUUUGGAUUUCCUUUUUAUAAACAACGUCGUGUUGCAUAAAGGUCAAGCGUUCAUUGUUACGCUGAAGUUGUAAAUUUUGUGAUUUAGGUCCCGGGAACCAUGCGGAUCCAGCGGAAUCUAGUGUUUUGUGCUCUCGGCACGCUCUCCUUGCUCACACUCGUCGCCGGUAAGGCGCUGAUCGAUCAACAAGCCGCCGAAUCACAAGCGAAUAGUGCCACCGUUGCGCAGCAACGAAUUGGCUGGGAUCAUGAUCAAGAUGAGGUUCACGAUCAUCACUAUCACGAGCAUCAUCACGAUCCGGGCUUUUGGAAGAAGAAAGUGACCUGGAAAGAGGGAUGGAAAAAGAUUUGGAAGCCGGCGAAAAAACAAAUUUGGAAUCCGUCGUGGAAGCAAAUCUGGAAGCCCGUUUGGGUACCAGUGAAGGUGCCCGCUUGGAAGGAUAUAAAGGUGCCGGCAUGGAAACAGGCGUGGAAACCAGUAUGGAAGGAGAUACAGGUGCCCGCGUGGAAGGAGAUACAAGUACCAGAUUGGAAAAAGAUUUGGAAGCCGAUUUGGGUGCCGACGAAAGUGCCAGCAUGGAAGGAUAUACAAGUGCCGGCAUGGAAGCAAAUUUGGGUGCCCGUUUGGAAGGAAAUACAAGUGCCGGCGUGGAAAGAGAUCCAAGUGCCCGACUGGAAGCAAUACUGGACGCCAGAGUGGAUUAAGGUGGGCAUUCCUGGUGAGAAGUAUUUGGGUAAGGAUCCCGAAGGUUGGGAAUACACAAGUCACGACUUAUGGAAGAAGAAGUUAAUCUGGAAAUCGCAUUGGAAAAAGAUUUGGAAGCCAGCGAAGAAACAAAUUUGGGUGCCUAGCAAGAAAUUGGAGUGGAAAGAAGAGUGGAAGCAGAUUUGGAAGCCGGCAAAGAAACAAAUCUGGGUUGACGAUAAGAAAUUAGAAUGGAAAGAGGCGUGGAAACAAAUUUGGAAGCCAGCUAAGAAACUCGUCUGGAUACCAGACAAGAAACUCGAAUGGAAAGAAUCUUGGGUACAAAUAUGGAAACCGGCGAAAAAACAAAUCUGGGUAGAGGAUAAAAAAUUGGAAUGGAAAGAAGCGUGGAAACAGAUUUGGGUACCUGGCUGGAAGGAAAUCUGGGUGCCAGCUUGGAAGAAGAUCUGGCGGCCGGUAAUAAUAUCAGAGUGGUUCCCCACGCCCGAUCAUCAUCAUGAACACCAUCAUGAACAUGUCGAGCAUGGUUGGGAUCGCAAGGAUGUCCAAGCGCAGGGCGGUAGUAAUAAAUUGGUGUGGAAACGCGAUGACAAAGCAACGCAACUCAAGCCAGUCGCCUCAGCUGAUUUUCAGGCGGCAAAAGCAACCGAAGUGAAAGCAUCACCGGCGGUGGGUACACAACCUGUAGCAGCAGCGGCGACACCCGCGCAAGCCCAAGGAUUCAAGUUCCCUGGCGCGUAGAUGAGAGAGGAUUUUUUUAAGUAAGAAUUUUUCUUCGCUGUUUCAUGUAUGGGUUUAUAGAGCCUUUCGCGCAACUCGCCAGUCCUUGGACGCCGUCUGCAGCUAUAAAAGCAAAGCCAUUUAUUUUUGUGAACUACAUAUAAGCGCGCCUUCCCCGCAGACAAAGCACAAAUUGCAAAGCAGCGUUUAUAUGCAAAUAUGUAUGUUAUGCCAGCAAGUAUAGUCACGCGUGCAUAGCAAUGUAAAAAACAUUAAAGUCCGGGUGCCGCAUUCCACCACAUCAUAACCACACAUUGCUUGUUGUAUUUGUAAAUAUGUAUUCGAGUCGUUAGUUUUUAAGUAUUUUCACAAAUCGUAUCGAAUGUGUAAAUUUUAUUUAAAUUUAUUUAGUUUUAGAGCGCUACUCCACUACCCAUCUCCUGCACGCGAGUGUACGUUAACUGCAUACGAGCGUAAAUCCUUCCAUUCACACUACACUUCAGACUUCGUCGAUGUCACAACCAUCUCUACCAAGCAUCUAGACUUUCUGUAUUACUUUUAUUAAAUUAUAUAUGCCACAACAAUAACAAGUAAAUAUAAACAUUUAAUUUAUAUUUAAGUUGUUACAGUACUCUGCGUAAUUUCAUUUGAUUAGUUUUAAGCGAACGGCGACCCUGUCGUAAAACAC